AUGAGCCCCCAACCUCCCACAACAUCCACAUUCUUUUCAGGUGGCUCCCCAAAGGCCCCGCGUUUCGGCACCUCUCCUUCCUCCAAGCGUCGCCCCUUUACGCCAGGGAGCACGCGCGAUGACCUAGCCCAGAAACGUGCAGCCGAGGCCGCACGGCAACAGGCCUCUCUAACCAACAGCCCGCCCAGCACGUCGCUCGGUGCAUUGAGCGGUCUGGGGUUGACCGAAGAAGAGCCGAGAACGAGCUUUAGUGACGACAUGGGUCGUGCGUUGGACAGUAUCGGCAUGGUAGCGGAGCCUCCUCCUCCCUCGAUUCCUGUUGCACCACCCAAAGAGACUAAGGUGUUGAAUGGUCUUCCCGCCGCCGAGGCCGAGGCCGAAGCCGACGGCAUCCCGCGUCCCGUUGCAGCGCUUCCUACACCGAAAGAGACUGAAACAGUGGCCCCUCAGAAUGAGAGACUAGGACCUCCCAAUAGGCCAGGAGCCGUACGCCAAGUGAGCAACCCGGUCAAGGACGUCGAGACGGCCGAGUUUGACGGCGUGCCCGUCUUCUUCAUUGACAGCGCGAUGAGAAGCGGGAUGCUGGGACGCAGCGUUGUCUCAAUUUCCGCGUCGCCCGACAAGCGUAGCCUGUCGCUGGCCAAUACUCCGGGACCGCCGAGCCAGCGAGCUUCAGCGGUGCCUGGGGGGACUCUCACCGAUACUCCCGAGGCGAGUCAGUGCGCCUCGGAGAUGCCAGACUCUCAGGCUGCAUCUCAGCCGGCCGCUCAGCCUGCCAGCUACCAAUUCACAUCUGCACCCGAUGCGACAUCUCAACCGGAACACCAGACAUUUGGAACCGAAGGCUACACUCCCCAAGAGCUGUCUUCAACGCUGGGUCUCGAGGAGCAUCCUCUGCAUCAGCCUGACGAUGGAACGUGGCGCGACUCGGGAAGGCUCGCUGAUCGCGAACAGCGCCGUACGUUCGGCCAGCCGAGCGACGACGCAGCGUGGGCGUCUUCAGAUAUUGCUCAGGCCGUGAGCCCAGGUGCAGGCGGAACGCCCGAAAUCGCGUCGAAGGGAGUAGCGGACGCUUCGACGGGAGUCGCGGAGAAGGCGCUCUACGCGGCGGGCGCGGUUGGUGUGGGAGCGGUGGGAGCGAUGGGGGCCGCCGCACUGUCUGGAAAGGAGGACGAGCCGGUCGUACCGGCCGUCUCACGUGACGCGCCCGCAGACAGCGAUAAACAGGAGGGCCACGCACCUGCCGAGGGUGCCGAGGAGGACACACAGCCCUUGACUUUGACCUCUGCACCAUCCCAGAUGACGCAGAUCUCACAGGAUUCUGGCGCUCCCGCUGCAGCCGUUAACCCAGUCCAACCAGCUGGCCAAGACGACACACCAACCAUCCUAGACGCAGAUGCAUCAACCACGGCCAAAACCAACACCCCGAUAGUUCCCGCGGCAGUCGCGGGAGCUGCAGUGGGUACCGCAGCGGGUGUCGCUGCCGGUACCGCCGCAGCAAGUACCUCCGCGUUCCCCGGCACCACCAGCACCCCCGACCGCCCACGUCGCCAGCGCGCCAUGUCAUCGGUCUCGGCCGUCCCGGACGACCUGGACCAGGACUGCCUCCCCGACUUGAACGAGGAGAUGGAUGGGAUGGAGCCGCCAUCGCCGCACACGCGCGACCUUGCCGCUUCACCCGCCGCCGUGCCGGACGGGUAUGACGGCGCGCGUCCGGCCCGGCACACCAGCAGUUUGGCAAGUGUGCCGGUAUACUCUGGGACGCAACCCAGGGAGAAUACCGUGUACUCGCCUAGUAGUCCCCCGGGUUUGGACACCGUGCAAGCACCAGUCGUAAACUCUCCCGGCACCGCUAAGAGUCUGGAGAGUUCGCCGGUCGUAUAUUCGCCUGGUACCAUUCCGGUCGCAGACACGUUUUUGGACGACGCAAGGAAGAGUGCGCCACUCGCUCCGACCGACCGGGGUUUGGUCACCGCGCCGGUCGUCUACUCUCCUGGCACGGACUCGCCUCGCGAGAAGGAGCUGGCCACCCCAGCCUGGAACGAGCAGGUGUUCUCCCCCUCUGCGGCGGAAGCGGAGGAGCUACAGCCCGCGUUCUCCGAGGAUUCGGAGGGCGCGAACAAACUCGGGGUGGUGGGAAUGGCGGGGGUCGCAGGGGUUGUGGGAGCGGGUGCCCUCGCGGGCGCAGCUGCACUCGGCGCCCCCAGCCAGAUGCCCGAGGAGCGGAGCAUGUCGGCCGCCUCAGUGGUGGCGAUCAAAGAUGGGCGUACAGGUGUUCCAGGGGCCGUGAGGACUUCGAAUCUGGUAUGCGAGCCCGCUCCAAAGACUGGCGAGACGUUCAUGACCAACUUGAGCGCGACACCGAGCGAGAACUCCCUCGGAGGCGAAACGCGGCGGGGGAACGAGGCGGCCAUGUCAACGGCUAGCAUUAUUGCAAUCAAGGGAGGGAACGAGGGCGCCCCUCCUUCUCCACCGGGACGGUCGCCGCUCGCCGCAAGCCGUACAGCUAAUGAGGUGCUGGAUGAGGCGGAGCGCGAGCACCCGUCACCUCUCAGUGGUACUGCGGCCGGCGCAGCGGCCGGCGCAGCCGGUGCGGGGCUUGUGCUUGCCAGCAACACACGCGAUACCACCCAAGAGCGCGGCGACAGGGUCGACGACCCGCGCUGCCACACUUCCACGAGCGAGAUCCGAUCCACCACACCUAGAGACGAGGGCGACUUCCAUACCGGCGCGACGUCGACGCCAGCCGCUGAGUCGUUCGUGACUGGCACGGAGGGUACAUCUACUGCCGGCGAGACGACACCCCUCGCUCCGGGCGAUUACCUGAGCACUGGGCGGGCAGCGACACCGCACGCACCUGGGGCGUUCCCCGUCGACCAGCCUGAGCCCGUGCGCAAGGUGGCGACACCUCCUGCCGGCCCACCAGAGAGUGUCGAGGAGCCUGAUAAAGAGGCAGAUACACUCCUCAACAAGCCCGAGCAAGCCGCGACUGCCACUGAAGAGGCGCCUGACUCGGCAUCAGGAGCACCUACGUCGGCGGAUCUUUCACGGGCAUCAGGAACCUCUGCCACCGCCGCAGCUGGCGCGGCGGCUGGCGUUCUUGCCGCUGGCGCUGGAGUGGCUGCAUCCAAGGCUGGCUCGAGCACCGCAUCCACCAUGCAGACCAACCGUGCCCAAAAGCCCGUUAGGACUAUUAGCAUCGAGCGCAAACCUGUGCCGAAGGUGACUGCCGAGAUCUCCAGUGGGCCGAGUAGACCCGCGCCUAGACCCACACCGAGUGCGGGACACAGCCGUACAGACAGCAAGAGCAGCGCGGGGAGCGGACGCAAGGUCGGGUUCAUGAGCAAGCUCAAGGGCGAGUUCAAGGUGUUGAGCGGCAAGCUCAAGAAGGACGAUAAGAUGAUCGCCGAGGGCGAGAGAAUGAAGCAUGGUCAGUUGUGA